GUCAAGUAGCUCGGGUGGGCUCCGCCGCGGCGAGGAGGGGCUCCGGCUGGGGAGAUGCGCUCCCAGGUGUUUGCAGCGGAAGUGGGAAACCUGUAGGUGAUGGUCCAGCUGUGCCGCGCCGGGGCGAGCAGGAGCAGGGAACAGACAUCCACUUUGGAUCAUUUCUGAAGCUGAAUUCAGAACAACAUUAAGGUGUUUAAUAUUAUUAUCCAACUGCCAUAAAGCUAGAACAUUUUUUGAAAAUUGAAACUGACCUCUAUUAAACACAGGAUGAAAAUGUGGCUGCUGGUUAGUCACCUUGUGAUAUUAUCUUUUACAACCUGUUUAUCAGAGUUUACAUGGCAUAGAAGGUAUGGUCAUGGAGUGUCUGAGGAAGACAAAGGAUUCGGACCAAUUUUUGAAGAGCAACCCAUUAAUACCAUUUACCCAGAGGAAUCACCGGAAGGAAAAGUUUCACUGAACUGUAGGGCACGAGCCAGCCCUUUCCCCGUUUACAAAUGGAGAAUGAAUAAUGGGGAUAUUGAUCUGACAAGUGAUCGGUAUAGUAUGGUAGGAGGAAACCUUGUUAUCAACAACCCUGACAAACAGAAAGAUGCUGGAGUAUACUACUGUUUAGCGUCAAAUAACUAUGGGAUGGUCAGAAGCACUGAAGCCACCCUGAGCUUUGGAUAUCUUGACCCUUUCCCGCCUGAGGAGCGCCCGGAGGUCAGAGUGAAAGAAGGCAAAGGAAUGGUGCUGCUCUGUGACCCUCCGUAUCACUUCCCAGAUGAUCUUAGCUACCGCUGGCUUCUAAAUGAAUUUCCUGUGUUUAUCACAAUGGAUAAACGGAGAUUUGUGUCUCAGACGAAUGGCAAUCUCUACAUUGCGAAUGUUGAAGCAUCAGACAAAGGCAAUUAUUCCUGCUUUGUAUCCAGUCCUUCCAUUACGAAGAGUGUGUUCAGCAAAUUCAUCCCACUCAUUCCACUACCUGAACGGACAACAAAACCUUAUCCUGCUGAUAUUGUAGUUCAGUUCAAGGACAUAUAUGCGUUGAUGGGCCAGAAUGUGACUUUAGAGUGUUUCGCACUAGGCAAUCCCGUUCCUGACAUCCGGUGGCGCAAGGUCCUGGAGCCAAUGCCCAGCACGGCCGAGAUCAGCACCUCCGGGGCCGUCCUCAAGAUCUUCAACAUUCAGCUGGAAGACGAAGGCACCUAUGAAUGCGAGGCUGAGAACAUCAGAGGAAAGGACAGACACCAGGCAAGGAUUUACGUUCAAGCAUUUCCUGAAUGGGUAGAACAUAUCAAUGACACAGAGGUGGAUAUAGGCAGUGAUCUCUAUUGGCCUUGUGUGGCCACAGGGAAGCCCAUCCCUACCAUCCGAUGGCUGAAAAACGGUUAUGUGUAUCAUAAAGGAGAAUUGAGACUGUAUGACGUGACUUUUGAGAAUGCUGGCAUGUACCAGUGCAUAGCCGAAAACACGUACGGAGCCAUUUAUGCCAAUGCGGAGCUGAAGAUCUUAGCCUUGGCUCCAACCUUUGAAAUGAAUCCUAUGAAAAAGAAGAUCCUGGCUGCUAAAGGCGGAAGGGUCAUCAUCGAAUGCAAACCGAAAGCUGCACCGAAACCUAAAUUUUCAUGGAGCAAAGGGACAGAGUGGCUUGUCAAUGGCAGCAGAACACUCAUUUGGGAAGAUGGCAGCUUGGAAAUCAAUAACAUCACGAGGAACGAUGGUGGUAUCUAUACGUGCUUCGCAGAAAAUAACAGAGGGAAGGCUAAUAGCACUGGGACCCUUGUUAUCACAGAUCCCACACGGAUUAUAUUGGCUCCUAUUAACACUGACAUCACCGUUGGGGAAAACGCCACCAUGCAGUGUGCCGCCUCCUUUGACCCUGCCUUGGAUCUCACCUUCGUUUGGUCCUUCAAUGGCUACGUGAUUGAUUUUAACAAAGAGAACAUUCAUUACCAGCGGAAUUUUAUGCUGGACGCCAACGGGGAGCUGCUCAUCCGGAACGCGCAGCUGAAGCACGCGGGGAGGUACACCUGCACCGCGCAGACCAUCGUGGACAACUCCUCCGCCUCCGCCGACCUCGUUGUGCGAGGCCCUCCAGGCCCUCCAGGAGGUCUGCGAAUAGAUGACAUCAGAGCCACUUCUGUGGCUCUUACUUGGAGCCGUGGUUCAGACAAUCACAGUCCUAUUUCUAAAUAUACUAUCCAGACCAAGACUAUUCUUUCGGAUGACUGGAAAGAUGCAAAGACCGAUCCUCCAAUCAUUGAAGGAAACAUGGAGGCGGCAAGAGCAGUGGAUUUAAUCCCGUGGAUGGAAUACGAGUUUCGUGUGGUAGCAACCAACACACUGGGUAUAGGAGAGCCCAGUAUACCAUCAAACAAAAUUAAAACAGAUGGUGCUGCUCCGAAUGUGGCUCCUUCUGACGUGGGAGGUGGAGGAGGGAGCAACAGAGAGCUGACCAUCACAUGGGCGCCUUUGUCAAGAGAAUACCACUACGGCAACAAUUUCGGUUACAUAGUGGCAUUUAAGCCAUUUGAUGGGGAUGAAUGGAAAAAGGUUACAGUUACCAAUCCAGAUAUUGGUCGAUAUGUCCAUAAAGAUGAGACCAUGCGACCUUUCACUGCAUUCCAAGUCAAAGUCAAGGCCUUUAACAACAAAGGAGAUGGACCUUACAGCCUCAUAGCAGUCAUCAAUUCAGCACAAGACGCUCCGAGUGAAGCCCCAACAGGAGUAGGCGUGAAAGUCUUAUCGUCUUCCGAGAUAUCUGUUCAUUGGGAACACGUUGUAGAAAAAAUAGUGGAAAGCUAUCAGAUCCGGUACUGGUCCGCUCACGACAAAGAAGUGGCUGCACACAGAGUUCAAGUCAACAGCCAAGAGUACUCUGCCCGGCUAGAGAACCUUCUGCCAGACACCCAGUACUCCGUGGACGUCAGGGCCUGCAACAGUGCCGGGUGUGGGCCCCCCAGUGACAUCAUUGAGACCGGCACCAAGAAAGCACCUCCAAGCCAGCCGCCAAGGAUCAUCAGUUCCAUAAGGUCUGGUUCACGCUACAUAAUUACCUGGGAUCAUGUGGUCGCACUAUCAAAUGAAUCUACAGUGACAGGAUAUAAGGUACUGUAUAGACCCGACGGCCAGCAUGAUGGCAAACUGUAUUCAACUCACAAGCACUCCAUAGAAGUCCCCAUCCCCAGAAACGGGGAGUAUGUCGUAGAGGUGCGAGCACACAGCGAAGGAGGAGACGGAGUGGUGUCUCAAGUCAAAAUUUCAGGUACAUCCACCCUAUUACCAAGUCUUCUCGGCUUACUGCUGCCUGCCUUUGGCAUCCUUGUCCACUUGGAAUUCUGAAUGUGGUGUGACCGCCGCUGCUCCCCACCCAGCUCAGAGGACACCCUUCAUCCCUGCGAUGACUACAGUUCCUUCCAACUCCUGCGGCUCCAUCCUAAGCCAAAUAAACUAUUCUUCAACAAACACUCCAAUUGAUUGACAACACACAUUGUGACUGAGGCAUUCAGGAACCCCUUCAUCCAAAAGAAUAAACUUUUAAAUGGAUAUAAAAUGAUUUUUAACUCGUUCCAAUAUGCCUUAUAAACCACUUAACCUGAUUCUGUGACAGUUGCAUGAUUUAAUCCAAUGGGACAAGUUACAGUGUUCAAUUCAAUUCCAUAGGCUGUAGAGUGAAAGUAAAAUCACCAUACACAGGUGCUUUAAAUUUAAUAACAAGUUGUGAAAUAUAAUAGAGGUUGAAAUGUUGAUUGUAUGUGGUAAAUGUAAAAGUAAUACAGUCUCUUGUACUAUCCUCUCUGUUUUGGGUCCUGCAUAUUUUUGAAUGGCCCCCUGUCAUUCAUGACAUUUUUUUUGUUUUCUGAAAAAGAAUAGAAUAGAACUGAAACAUUUGGACAUAAAUCCUGUUACCAAAUCAUUUUGCUGAAUGAGUUGAAAGGUUUUGAAUAUUAAAAACCAAAUUCUAGAACUUAUUAUCAGUAUUCUUAUUUUGAAAGUAAGUACUUUUCUAAAUAUUUGAUUUUCAGAAUCAGUAAUACUUUUAAGUUAGUUUUUUAAUAGUAAAGUUAACAUGCCAUAUGAAGAAUUAUUUUUUACUUUUGUAUUCGACUCUGAAAUUAUUUUAUGCUUUUCUUAUCAUCAAUUUGAAACCUCAAAAAUCACAGCCCUUAUCUAGAGUAGUAUCAUAUUGCUGUAUUUAUUCAUACAUGGAAUGAUGAAUUUUGAAAAGUAGAAUGCUUCCAUUUUUAAUCAAGAUGCGGCAGUCUUUAUACCACUAGGACUAAACGACAGCUAAUUAAGAAUCAGAAUUACAUCAUAAUAAUCCAGUAUCUUGUUUUUUUGUGCUUCAUUUCUAAGUAAAAACCUAUCUUUAUCAAAGGUGUGGGCUCAAGAAAUCACCUGUAGGCUGGAAAAACCGCAGUAUUCCUUUUUUUAAAAUUUAGUUUUAUACUCGUUUCCUGCUUCAAUGCUAUACCGAAAACUGGCUAAAAAAUACCAAAUCCAUAUGUUGCUAAUGGUACUUUGAAGGGUGUGCAAAACUGAAAGUCCAGGAGACAAAUAAUAUGUUCGUCCAAUGAAGCCGCCCAAGUGCUGGUGCUUUGGGUCUUUAUAGGUGGUGAAAGGAAUAUUCACGUUUCUUCAUUCUUCAUGGUGCGCACGGAAAUGUGUUUGCGUGUGGAUGGGAAAGAAACUGAUAAUAAGGACUAGCUGGCUCAUGAAAUAGUGCAAUGUCAGAUGCUUUGAGAGGUAUAAUCCUAUUUUAUUAGCACAACCUUGUGAGCUAAUUAGAGAUAGAGUUUAUCUUUUUAGAAAGGAUACCUUAUAGGUUCAUAAAAAAAUAUUUACAGGAAACAAAACAGAUCUAUUACUACUUUAUCCCCCUUUCUUUAAUUUGUAUAAUUUUUGUACUAUAUAUCUAUGUGUAAAUGUUUAGAGCUUUCAUUAUGAAACUGUCAAUAUUUCAUUAGUUAACAUUUUACUCUUUGUUAUAAAAUGAAACUUUUAAAAAAUAAGUGAAAUGAUGAUUUCCCAGUUGGAAGUAUGUCAACAGUCUUAAGAACAUUACCAGAUUUCAUAAAGUAUUUAAUUAUUUGAAAAAGAAACAAAAUCUCUUCAUACUUUAGGGAAAUGAAUAUUCUCUAAGCCUUCUGUACAAAUGUUUGUGUUUUCAUUGUUAUACUUUGGGGUUUUCCUUUUGCAGUUUGACCCAUGUUGGGCAUUUUUAUAUAACCGACAACUAAAUCUUUUGCCAAAUGCAUGCUUGCCUUUUAUUUUCUAAUGUAUGGUAAUACAGAGCAAAACUGAUACGAUUUUGCAUGAAAUGAUUCUGAAAGGUAAGAAGGAAACAGACUUUGGAAGUUAUUUGUUUAAUUUGAAGUUUGUGACAGAUUAGGUAGAUUAAAAUCUCUCACACACUGAUAACUCAUGCUGUUCAUUUCCUCAUACAGUUGUACAAAUUUGACUGGGACCAUCAGUUUUAAACUGUUGUCAAACUAACUAAUAUAUCAUCUGCUUUAAAACGCAAGAUUCUAAUUAAACUUUAUAUAGAUAUAGACACAUCUGUUGUUUCUUUGUAUUUCAGGAAAGGUGAUAGUAGAUUUCUUUGAUACUGAUAAAUAUUGAAUUGAUUUUUUUAGUUAUUUUUUAUCAUUUUUUUCAAUGGAGUAGUAUAGGACUGUGCUUUGUCCUUUUUAUGAAUGAAGACAAAUUAUAAAGAAAUAAAUGUCUUACUGUUAUCCAAGAAAUAA